AUGUCAGCGGCUGAUCUUGUUGACUGCUUAGAAAUGGGUAUGGAUUGGACUUUACGUGAAGGCUAUUCUUGGGCAGAAGACAAGGAGCACUGUGAAGAGUAUGGUCGAAUGUUGCAAGCAGACGCCACUAAAGUCUCGACCAGAGCCAAGAAGCGAGGCCUUCCACAGUUGGGUACUCUUGGCGCAGGAAAUCAUUAUGCUGAAGUCCAAGUCAUAGACGAGAUCUAUGACAAGCAUGCAGCAGCGAAAAUGGGCAUCGCAGAGAAGGGCCAAGUUGUGGUGAUGCUGCAUUGUGGUAGCCGUGGACUUGGGCAUCAAGUAGCCACGGACGCUUUGGUAGAAAUGGAGAAAGCAAUGGCCCGUGAUGGCAUCUCUGUUAAUGACAGGCAACUAGCCUGUGCUAGACUUUACUCUAAUGAAGGCCAGGAUUACCUCAAAGGAAUGGCUGCUGCUGCUAACUUUGCGUGGGUCAACCGAUCAUGUAUGACUUUUUGUGUGCGACAGGCAUUUGCGAAUACGUUCAACAUACAGCCUGAUGAUCUGGAUAUGCAGGUUUGCAAUUUUUUGCUUUAUAAGCUUUUCGUCUUUCCGUUGCGUUUUUUUUUUGUCCUUUUAUUAAUCAUCGUACACAUGUGUUCCCGGAAGAAUCUUCGAAAAUACAAGUUAGCUUGUAAAAACAAAUCCGAGGUCGUUGCUGCCGCUAUGCCCCUUUUCCAAAAAUUUUUGGCCCACAGACUCACUGAAGAGUGAGA